AAAUGCACUCACUGUGGGAAGUGCUUCAUUUACCUUUUUGAGCUCAUGGACCAUCAGAGACUCCACAUAGGAGAAAACCCUUACAAGUCCUCUCAGUGUGGAAAGGCCUUCAGGAGGUCAAAUGACCUGUGCCAUCACUGAGGAACACGAUGCAAAAAUGCAGCUUAUAUUUGCAUCAACUGUGGAGGUAGCUUUCAGUCAAUACAGGACAGAUAUAGACACAGGUGUGCUCACGUUGUCCAAGAGUUUGUCUGUUCUCACUGUGAAAAAAGCUUUAAACAGAGGUAUUUGCUGGUAAAGCACGAGCGGACUCACACCCAGGACCGCAUUUUCAAACACUGCAGUGAGGUGUAUCCCAGUAUGAAGAGUCAUCCCCCGGAGCUGUCCAAUCAGUGCUUGCUGUGUGGGGAAUCUUUCAGCUGUGUUGCGUUGUUGGCAGCUCACGAGCUGCAGCACAGACAACAGCAAACCAAGAUUUGUGUGCACGGUGGCAAAGCUUUUAAGAGCAAAACUGACCUAAAUAUACACAUGUGCAGCCACACAGGUGAGAGGCCUUUUCAGUGCACACAUUGUGGAAAAUGUUUCUCUGCAUUAGGAAACCUGAAUGUGCAUAUUCGACUUCACACUGGAGAGAAACCAUACCUGUGCACUGACUGUGGAAAGGCGUUUAUUUCAGCAGGCGAGUUGCUGAUACACAGGCGCAGCCACAUGGGGGAAAAGCCCUACAAAUGCACAGUAUGUGACUGAAGGUUCAUCAAGGCGAGUAAAGUGACACUUCAUAUGCGAGUCCACACUGGGGAGCGCCCGUAUGUCUGUGCUGAAUGUGGGAAAGGUUUUUUACGUGGCAGUGAACAACAUGCCAUGAACCACACGGGGGUUAGACCUUACACCUGUCAGUUCUGUGCAAAGACUUACACACAUCCUAAUCACCUGAGGAGACACUUAAAAACUCACAGUGUUGUCCAGAGCCAGUCUGUCUGAUUCCCUUUAAUAGCUACACUAUUGUCGUGUGGCCUAGUACUAACUGCAGCGUUGAUUUUACUCUCAGUUGUAGUCCAUGCUGCAGAAAUGCUUCUUUGUGUUGCAUGUUUCUGAUAUGUAACUGCUGCAAAACGGCUUCUUUUUUUUAACCAGGGAUCACUUUGGUUGUUGUCGUUAAAAAUAUACCUCAAAACUAUAUAUUUUUCUCCUUCUGUAUUGGUUGCCUGUUUGUAUUAUUAUUCAGCAGUUCCUUUUCUGUUGAUUAAUACACUUUGCUUUUAUCAUUUUUCCAAAGCAGCCCAUUUGUUGCAUCCACAUCAGAAUUUCUAACAUGAUCCUCUAUUUUGAUAGGUUCUGAAUUAUUAUUAUUUUACCAAGAAUAUAAAUGACACAUUGGCUGAAAGAAAGCUUUGUACUAUUAUAAUCUUGAAAAAUAAAAAUACGAUUGUUUCUCUAACUUGUUUUUAAACGUAAUUCUUUGCCAUAAAUAUGUUAUAAACACCUGUAUUUGACAUUAAAUCAUAUGACGUGAGCGAGUAUACGUCACAUUUCAAGCUACAAGAUUUUGGUUUUCGGUUUGUUUGGAGAGGCGGUGCAUCUUAUUUUGGCAUCAAUGUGAACCGGAGUAGAUG